CCUCGCUGCAGCAGUCGCUGGAGCGAAGGGCGGCACCAUGAAGCUCAACAUCGCAUUCCCCAGUACGGGGUGCCAGAAGAAGCUGGAGAUUGAGGACGAUGCCAAGCUGCGUGCCUUCUACGACAAGCGCGUGUCGCAGGAGGUUGAUGGCGAGGCCCUGGGCGAGGAGUUCAAGGGCUACGUCUUCAAGAUCAUGGGCGGCCAGGACAAGCAGGGCUUCCCCAUGAAGCAGGGCGUGCUGACUAACGGCCGCGUGCAGGUGCUGAUGAGCCCCGGCGACCAGUGCUUCCGCGGCUACGGCCGCCGCAACGGCGAGCGCCGCCGCAAGAGCGUGCGCGGCUGCAUCGUGAGCCAGGACCUGUCGGUGCUCAACCUGGUGAUCGUGAAGAAGGGCGAGGCCGAGCUGCCCGGGCUGACGGACGAGGAGAAGCCGCGCCAGCGCGGCCCCAAGCGCGCCUCCAAGAUCCGCAAGAUGUUCAACCUCACCAAGGACGACGACGUGCGCCACUACGUGAAGAUCUACGGCAAGAAGGUGGAGAAGAACGGCAAGACCAGCGUCAAGUGCCCCAAGAUCCAGCGCCUGGUCACUCCCCAGGUGCUGCAGCGCAAGCGCCGGCGGGCGGCGCUGAAGAAGGAGCGCAUCACGCGCAAGAAGGCGGAGGCGUCUGAGUACCACAAGCUGCUGGUGACGCGGCUCAAGGAGCAGCGCGAGCGCCGCUCGGAGUCGCUGGCCAAGAAGCGCGCCAUCCGCAUGGCCUCGGUUGCGUCCAAGGAGGCGUAGAGGAGCGCCCCCGGCGAGGCCCGUGCCGGGCCAGCAGCAGCAGGGGCGCGGCGGCGGCCGCCGGCCCCACACCCACACCCCAGCGCGUCGCCCCGUGCGACGCGCAACCCCCGCAGGCGCCGCGCUGCAUGUCGGACAUGAGCUGCACCGCUUGUAAACUGGAUAGCU